AAAAGUUGAGGACGCUGGUUUUUUAUCAUUGAAACGCUUUUUAAACCACUAAAACAAGGAAAAUAGCUGAAUAAAAAGCUUGUGCGUGACAGAAAAGAGUUGGCGAAUUGCAGAGGAGCAAGUGCAUCAUAAUCAGCGGACGUGAGAACCGUCGAAUAAGCGAGGAAAUGCAGCAAACCAAUGCGGCUUCUGGCGGGGAUGCCCUGCUCCCAUUGCGCGCCUGCAGCACCGCCGGCUGCAAAGUGGCCACCGUGGUGGAGAAGACGAAGCGGAAGUGCUCCCAGUUCGUGUCCGCGCCGUACAUAAUGCCCAAGCCACUGGUCGUCAAUGGGCACACAUCGAUCUUUCAAGUGGGCGGCGAGAUGGCCAAAAUGGGCGACAUUCCAUCGCUUUCGCAAAUGAGCGGUGGUGAUGGUGGACAGCUGAUAUACCGGAUAAAGCCGGGCACCCAUGCCCAUGUCAUCAACUAUGUGCUCAUCGACGAGGGCUCCGAUUCGCUGGAGAAGGCCAGAUCCGGCGACCAGGAGGCCAUGCGUCUGCUGCUGGAAUCGCAGCGCGACAGCGCCGUGUCCAAGCUGCAGAAGUUGAUAGCCAACCAUAAGGGUGGUCCGCCCUCGGGCUUUAUGGCGCAUCCCGCGCUCAUGGCAUCACGGCAAGUGGCCUCCGUCCCAACGCCGGGCGGCAGCACUUCCGUGGCCACCGGACAUGUGACCACUCGUCAAAUCCAUCCGGACUUCUCCAUCGCCAGCGUGGAGGGUGCGGUACCCUUUACUCGCGCUGUUCCACCCUCCGUGGUUGGGAAUCCUUCAGCUCCAGUUCCAGCUCCAGCUCCAGCUCCAGCUCCAGCUUCCUCUGCCCCUCCGCCAGCUGUCAGUGCAGCUCAAGCCGAUUCCGUGGAUCGCCUCCAGGCGGAGCUCGUCGAGCUGCGACGCACGGUGGCGCGCUUGGAGGAGAAUAGUCGCCGCUAGAUGACCGACUUUCCUUUGCGAAGGUAUACUUUAGUUCAGCCAAAAACGCUUGGGGCAACUUCACAGCGCCCCACCCUAAAUAUAGUUAGUCUAAGCCACUGAGACAUUGUUAAUUCAAAUAAAUUGUGUAUAACGAUA